AUGGCAUCAGAUGACAGGAGUAAAGAUAUUAUGGAGCUGCUAUUAGCCAAGGGCGCUGAUGUGAUGGCCCGAGAUUCUAAAGACUUCACACCUCUUCACGUCGCGGCAUUUUAUGGGAGUGAAGAAGUUAUGAGCCUACUUAUCAAUAAUGGCGCCAAAGUCAUGGCCAGAGCUCAAGAUAACUGCACUCCCCUUCAUCAAGCAGCAAAACAUGGGGGUGAAGAAGCUGUAAGGAUACUAAUAUCUCGUGGUGCUGCUGUGAUGGCCCGAGAUUCUGAUAAAUUCACACCCCUUCAUUUUGCAGCAAAUGCAAGUGUCCAGCGUGAUUCUAGAGUUAUAAAAUUUCUAUUAAACAAUGGCGCUGAUGUCAUGGCCCAAUAUCAUCGUAACUCGACACCUCUUCAUCUCGCAGCAUUCUAUGGGAGUGAAGAAGCUAUAAAGCUGCUAUUAGAUGAUGGCGCCAAUGUCAUGGGCAGAAACAAAUUUGGCGACAACCCCCUUCAUCUUGCAGCAGAAAGUGGUUAUGAUGAAGUUAUGGGGAUAUUAUUAGACCGUGGCGCUGAUAUUGCGGCCCAGGGUCGUUCUGGCUGUACACCCCUCCAUCGUGCAGCAGCAAGAGGGGAUGAAGAAGCUAUGAGGAUCUUAUUAGACCGUGGCGCUGACGUGAUGGCGCGAGAUUUCGAUGGCUCCACACCUCUUUACUAUGCAGCAAGUGCAAGUUAUUGGCGUGAUCCUAGAGUUAUAAAGCUUCUAUUAGAUCGUGGCGCUGAGAUCAAGGAUAUAAGUAUGACAAUAGAGCCAAAACACUGCUAA